GGAAUAUUGCCCGGGCCCGCACGGACGGCCACUUGAGGAUGGGAUUGACGCUUCCGGAUGACAGGCCUGGUGUGCACGCUUUUUGCACAGCGUUCAUCCAGGCGGCCAUCAUGAGCUUGUCUGAUUAUCGUUUCAUACAUGCAAACACAAAUCAGGACUAUCCGAGCACACAAGGCUAUUUAAAGACUCGCAGACCAGCCUCGUCGCUUCCUAGGUGGACGGCGGUGCGCAGGGCGCCCCAAUUUCCAUCCCUACCCGGACUAGGACUAUGUGUCGGGUGCUCAUCCUGCAGCCUCAAAAUAUGCACAGCACUCCUCAAUCUUACAGAGCACAUCCCAUCCAGCCCGCCGCAUAACAGAGCGCGCUAUUUUCCUUCACCCCCACCAACUCGUGAAUAUUGGGAAGCCCGGUGUACUGCACCUCAGCGCCGGAUACGAUCUUCUCGUAUGACAGGGAGACGAGGUUAGUCUAUUUACUCCGUUCCGUUCUUCUCAAAAAGGCAGUUUCUGUUGCCGCACUAUGUUAUAUUGAUUUAUCUCUCUCACACUAUCUCUCUCGUCUCUCUCUAUAUAUUUCUAUCAUCCCAUCUCUAUAGCCCUCUCUGUCGUCUCUGUUCGACCGUCCCUGUUUCCAUCUCACCUAUCACCUCUGUCUUGCUUUCAAAAAAUCGUUCGUCGCACUAGCUGUAUUCCUAGAUUUUUCUUUCACGGCCUUCUCAAUAAACGUGCCUCCGGCUUGUUCUUGCGCACCC